AUGGAGAUGGCCCACGAAGUGGUUGAACUUGCCAACGAGCUGGCUCGUGCCGUAAAGAUAACGAUGGACCCAGAAGCAACACAGCAGGCAAGGAUGGACGCAUACGUUGCCUGUGAAAGAUUCAAAGAUGUUUCUCCGCUUUGUGCACAAGCGGGUCUUUCACUGGUGACUGGCAACUAUCCGCCCAUCGUUCGUCACUUCGGACUGCAGCUGAUGGAACAUACGAUCAAGUUCAACUGGAAUAGCAUCUCCCAGCAGGAGAAGAUAUUCAUCAAGGAAAACGCCAUGAAACUGCUAAACGGUGGCGUCGGGGAAGCACAGGAUCAAAGCCUCGCUCACAUCAAGGACGGCGUGUCACGGAUCAUCGUGGAGAUGAUAAAACGUGAAUGGCCCCAGCAAUGGACUACGCUGCUGGUUGAGUUGAGUGAUGCCUGCUCACAGGGCAUGGCCCAAACGGAGCUAGUGCUGCUGGUAUUCCUUCGAUUAGUCGAAGAUGUGGCACUGCUGCAGACAAUCGAGUCAAAUCAACGGCGGAAGGACAUUUACCAGGCACUGACCGUGAAUAUGUCGGAGAUAUUCAACUUUUUCUUGCGACUAAUCGAACUCCACGUGGGUGAGUUCCGCAGCGCAACCUCGGUUGGAGAUAAACACAAAGCGCACGGCCACAGUCGAGUCGUGCAGGUUGCAUUGCAAACACUAACCGGGUUCGUAGAGUGGGUAUCGAUCAAUCACGUCAUGGCGGCUAACGGACGGUUACUACAGAUCCUGUGCAUUUUACUGACGGACGUCGAUUUCCAGCAACCUGCUGCAGAUUGCCUUGGACAGAUUGCAAAUAGGCGCGGUCAGCUAAAGGACCGCAAACCACUGCUCCUACUGUUCGAGGAUGCACCGGUUGAACAUUACUACCAAGCAGCGACACAAAACGAUCGUCUCGGAACAGAAUCGUACUAUAUGUUCCUAAAAAAACUCAUCCCAGUGCUGACCGGGCUAGCAUCGCAAAUGACGGCCCUUUGGGGCAAGGAAGAAUGCCAACCUAUUCGUCCGCACUGUUUGGCUACCUUCUUAGGCACGGUACUGAUUUUUACGCGUCACUCCAGCUACAGUCUCGCUCAUCCCGCUGCCCUGAUUUGGACGAGCCUGUUAAAACACGAGCAAAUAUCCAAGGAGCAUCUUGUUCUUGAGUACAUUCCAAAGGUGAUCGAAGUGAUCGGACCGAAGAUCAUCAAGGUAAACUAUCCCCUAACACGCCCCACGGAAGUAACUAUGCAUCCGCAAACGUUUGCAAGUCUCGAUUACGACGGUGAGGAAGAGUGGUUAGUGUUUUUCUUUCGCUGUCGAACGGAUUUUUUGGAAAUCUUUCGCCAGGCGACACUGAUUGCACCGCUCGUAACGUUUUCUUACUGCGAACACUGGCUUAACGCAAGGUUGCAGAAAACGACCACAACCGAGCGUAAUACCACGUGCAGCGUAACAGAUCCGGUAUAUCUCGAGUGGGACGCACUUACGAACGUGCUAGAUGGGGUGUUAUCGCGGAUUCUGAUGGUCACUGAGCGCCCGUCAGUGUCGGCCGGGUUAAGGCUGCUCGAGGAAUGUCUAAAGGUGGAAUCAACGGAUCCACUCGUCCUGUCGGUGCUACUCUCUUGCAUCUCCUCACUGUUCGUGUUUCUCAGCAUGUCCUCCUGUCAAAUCACGGCCGCUAACUGUGUCGCCAUGACUGGUGUGCAGCUGUUGCCGCGGGUGCUGGAGAAAAUAUUCGCCUCGUUGGUCUUUCAGGAAUCGGGCGAAACGCGCCAUACGCGUACGGUGGCGGUUAAGAAUUUGCGUCGUCAUGCGGCCGCUCUAAUGGUGAAAAUAGCGCACAAAUACCCGCUGCUGCUGUUGCCCAUCUUUGACCAGAUCAACACGAGCGUAAAGAACCUCAUCAUUCAGCCGGACCGGCUCAGUAAGGUGGAGCAGGUAACGUUGCUGGAAGCGUUGCUGCUUAUUUCGAACCAUUUUUGCGACUUUGAGCGACAAAGCGGCUUCGUGGCGGAAGUCAUACGCGAUGGCGUAACGAUCUGGGGUGGAAUCUUGAGCCCAGUUGUAAAAAAUGCACACACCUUCAUCGAGUACGUCGGUUUGAACCAUCCAGCCAUCGAGCCGUUUUCCACCACGAUCGAGGAUCCGUACAAUGUCAACCGGAGGCAGCUUACUUACGCGCUCAGUCUCGUGCUGGGAGUUAUAAAGCGUUGCUCUUGGCCAGAUGAUCCGGACCGUUGCUCACGAGGCGGUUUCGUCGUAGCGUUAACCGAAUCCGGCAAUCCGAUCUGCCGUAAUCCAGCUACCUCGCACGUUGUGCCACUGUUACCCCACAUCCUGUCGCUGAUGCGCUGUCUCAACGAGCUGUGGAAACCAGACGCUCUGCAGACGUUUUCGGACUCGUUCCGAAACGCCAAUGGUAUGCAGGAGAGUGAGAAAAAGCAACUUCUCGGUGUGUCGCCGGUGUUGCAGGAUCCGCUCGAUCCUUCACAAAAAAUGCCACCAACGGCUUUCGGACGCAUGCAAACAUUUUUGUCAAGCAUCUUCGAGCACUGUUACCACAUGAUGGGGUCGGCUGGACCGGCGCUAGGGCGAGAUCUGUACGCGCUGCCCGGCAUCGCAAAUGCUAUCGUUGGCAGUGUGUUUGCUAGCCUGGAAUACGUACCAGACUUUCGUAUUCGAACGAUUGUUCGGGUAUUUCUGAAGCCAUUUAUCUACUCCUGCCCACCAGUGUUCCAUGAAGCAGUUCUGUUGCCGAUCUUUGCCCACUUUGUUCCAUUCAUGCUGACAAGACUGACAGCUCGCUGGCACUACAUUACGUCGCUCUACGAAUCUGGCGAGCUUGGAGAGGACGUGAGCGACACACAAGAAGUGCUGGAAGAUAUGCUCAAUCGAACGCUUACCAGGGAGUACAUUGAUGUGCUGAAGGUGGCCCUGGUUGGUAGUACCAUAGAUCCGACCGCAAAUUCCGCCACCGAUGCACCGAUGGCUGGUGGCAUGGAUCAGGAUGAUCAGAGUAUGGACGGUACACCGCAAGCGCUGACACGUGCUGCACAAUCUGCCAUGACGUCGGAAGUCAUCAGCGAUCUGGGUGGAAAGUUACUACGCAAUCAAUACACCAGCAAUUCAAUCGUUAUGACGGUUUUAAGCGUGCUUUCAUGGAAUGACAGUACCUCUAGCUUGAAAGCAACAUUUCUCAGUGGUCCAAUCAUACGAUUCCUAGCGUCGGAACAAUUAGUCACGGAAACACUAGCGUCUAACAUUAUCAUCGCGGUAUUGAAGGCACUUCAGCAGCACGGUCAACACGAAUCCAAUCAGACAUCGCUCAUAACGCUCGGUGUGCAGACGUACGAAAUACUUCGACCAAAGUUCCCCAACAUACUGGAGGUGUUGCAGCAGAUCCCGAACGUGAGUGCGGGUGAUAUACAGAAGCUGGACGAAAAGAUAUCGUCCAGCAGCACGAAAGGAAACAAAAUCGAUAAGGCAAAGAAGGACCUAUUCAAGAAGAUCACAACGAAUAUCAUUGGGCGCAACAUUGGUCAGCAUGGUCGCAAGGAGGUGAAAAUUUUGAACCUACCACCGAUCGUCGCACCGCCCAACAAUCAUCGCUCGAGUGCAUUUAAUCUGAUCGAAAGCAACCAGGAAACUGGUCUGGCGCAUUUAUUCGUCCGGCGUAGUUAG